CUAUCUGAGGGUUUUCUUGGUUUUGCAUUGAAUUCCACAGUUCCCUUUGACUGCCAUUUCUUAAUGACGUUUCGGACAACGGAAACGUGGCUGGAAGGGCUGUGAUACAGUAUCUUUUUAUAGCCUUCCUCUGAUUGUAGGCAUCAAUUAGCUUCAUUUUCAGAUCCUCGGGAAGCUGCUUAGGGGUUGAGUUUUAGCACAAAGGUUGAAGAUUCAGAGAAUUUAUUAUGCUCUGGAAUUGUCAUCAGCUGACGAUUGCUAAUGACAAUUCUCAGUUUAAGUUCUGAGAUGUGAAGGGUGUCCAAACUUAUAAACUUGCCACGAUUACUUUCCCCCCAUAUUUUCAAAAGUAAAACUUAACUUAAAAAGUAACUUUGCAUUAAUAUUUGCACAUUUAAAGAAAAAAAAUAUAAUAAUAAUAAUUUGCUUGUGUGUACUACUUUUCACGUCUCAACAAAAUCUAAUUUGUCCAUCCAAAUCUCACUAGCCAAUGAUUGUAAAUCAGUGUUAAGCCCCGCCCACACGAGAGGUUUGUGCCAGAAUUGCGAACGGAAACUUAAACGGAAACUUUGAAAGCGUAAAACUUUUUGCACAAAUUCAAUUCCAUAUAAUAUGAAAUCAAAUUCUUUGAGUGUUUAAAAAAAAAACAGACCUGUUUAAUAGCAAACUUUAAAAAAUAAAUAAAUAAACAAAUAAAAUAAAAAGUGAAAUGUCCUAUUCUUAGAGGCUGAUGGUUAACUUGGAUGGUCUUGUAAACUAAAAUAUUCAAGAAAUUAAACUGAUGUUGGAGCAGUUUAUAAUUUAUGGAAGAAUCUCAUAAUGUAAAAAUCUGCAAUGAUAAAAUAUCAUUUAACAGCUCAGUGGUCUUCUACAUGAUUUUUCCUCUUCACAUAUUUCUCAUAUUCCUGCGCUCUUGUUCUGUGAAUGAGCGAUGACGUAUACUUCAAUGUUAGCAAUUUAAAAAGCUGAAUUUCAGGUUGUACACUACACUGAGGGUUUUUGUUUUCCGUCAUCAGUGGUACAGACUUCCUUAUUAGACUCCUCCUUUCAGCUGUGUUUAUUCUCGAGAUGAAACUCCGGUCACACUGUGUCACACUGUACGUGAGAAGAGGACUGAACAUAAGGAUCCUUAACACACACUGAACCUGAACGCAACAUCAUGGAGGAUUCACAGUCAAGGAUGAACCUCCAGAUCAAAUCGUCACUAGGUGCGCUCUUCACCCACCAGCAGUAUUAGUGUGAAAGAAAAUUAGUGUGAAGGAUCUUCUGGCCAUGCGUAACAGGCUCUUGGACUUGUUCCUGGUCAAUGUGUUGACAUGGGGGCUGGAGAUAUGCAUGGCCACCAGCACCAUCUACAUUCCCCCCAUGCUCCUGGAGGCCGGAGUGCAGGAACGCUUCAUGACCAUGGUGCUUGGUGUGGGCCCUGUACUGGGGUUAAUAUUUGUCCCUCCGCUCGGUUCAGCAAGUGACAGAUGGAAGAGUCGUUAUGGGCGCCGGCGCCCCUUCAUCUGGCCCCUGUGUGUUGGUGUGCUGCUUGGCCUUGUGGUUAUUCCUCGUGCUUCCCAGAUCGCCUCUCUGUCCUCCGAACAGCAUCAGCGUUGGAGCUACUGUGAUAUUUGGUGGUCGAUGUCGAUUUUCCGUACCAGGGUGGAGGUUCUGCUGUUGGUGUUGUCCAUCUGUGUAUUGCAGUUCUGCGGUCAGGCCUGCUUCACCCCUCUGGAGGCGCUGGUGUCUGAUCUCUACCCUGGAGAAGAGGAGAGCCGUCAGGCGUUCUCCAUCUACUCCAUCAUGCUCAGCCUGGGAGGAUGCAUCGGGUAUCUGCUCCCAGCCGUGGACUGGACAGGUCUGGAUGCGUCCUCUUUCCUGGGAGGCCAGGAGGCGUUCAUCUAUGCUCUCCUCACUGGACUCUUCCUUAUGUGCCUCCUGACAACAACCUUGAUCUCAGAGGAGCAGACAGCCGAGGCAGUGACGGAGUCAUCCAGGAGAUCUCAGAACUUCUACGGCAUGUGCUGCUGGCCGUUUGGGUUGCUCUCCAGGGCGCAGAUUCUGAAGCGUACCAUAGUUAGCCUAUUUGCAGUCAUGCCCAGACUCUGGUCACUGUGCAGCCACAUUCCCAGAGUGAUUGCUAGGCUGUUUGUGGCGGAGCUGUUCAGCUGGAUGGCUCUGAUGACGUUUGUGCUCUUUUAUACGGACUUCAUGGGGGAGGGAUUGUAUGACGGCGUGCCCAGCGCUAAACCAGGCUCUCCAGAGAGACUUCGCUACGAGGAAGGUGUGCGCGUGGCCAGUUUCGGCCUGUUCCUGCAGUGUGUGACCUCGGUGACCUUCUCGAUACUGAUGGAGAGGAUGGUGGCGUGUGUUGGUGCACGUGUACUCUAUCUGAGUAGCUUGGCACUGCUGGCGUUGAGCACGGCCGUAAUGACAGUCUCUAAGAACGUCAUCCUGGUGACCGCGAUGGCUGCAGCGACGGGUUACACCUUCUGUACUCUGCAGAUCCUGCCGUACACACUCGCCUGUCUUUACCACUCAGACAAGCAGGUGUUUUUUUCCAGCAGUAGAACCAAACACUCGUCCAGCAGGUGUGACCUGGUUGAAUCAGCUCAUAAGCAAAUUUCUGCCAUGUACCGGAGCCCAAACGGGUGUUUGAAUGGCCAUGCUGCAGUGCCCUCCACGACCAAACCCUCUGUUUCCUCGUCACUUAAAUCCCAUGUUUCCCUGAACAUGAACACAUCGCCAGGUUCCUACCAGUCUCAGAGAGGGAUGUGUCUGGACAUCGCCAUCCUGGACAGUGCAUAUCUCCUGUCGCAAGUCAUACCAUCACUCUUCAUGGGCUCCAUCGUGCAGCUUUUCAGCAGCGUCACUGCCUACAUGGUGUGCGCAUCGGUCCUCAGCCUGCUAGCCAUUGUCUUUUCCGGCAGGAUCAUCUUCACCAGGCAAGAAAUGGAAAUGCUAAAAUUAAGUGAUAAACCAGUGGCCAUUGCUAAUGACUCGCUUAUGCUGCUCACGCUGCCCUGCAUGGAGGUGGGGGGCAGUGAAGGAGGCAGCUCAGUCUCCUGCUCCAGCCCCGAGACGGGCGACACUGCCACCGGUCUGGGUGAAGAAGAAGAGGAAGAUGGUCUCUUGAACUUUGACUUCACUUCAGGCACGGAGGAAGUUCCCAGAUUUCCGGAUUUCACCUUGCACGUUUCGAGCAGCUUCUCUCCGACUCUUGAGGACAUCGAGGAGUUCUUGAUGGAGAAGAUGGAUCCAGAAGAAAAAGACCUCGUCAUUCCAGACACAAAAACAGAGCAGGCGGUAGAUAAAGACGCGCCAUCUCCUGCGAGUCAGCUAAACAGUACGACAGUCAAAUCUUCCGCCCAAACCCCCACUAGUCAGAACACUAGUGCUACAGCUAGCUCUGCUCCAGUGUUAGUUGGCGCUCCAGUGGUGCUGCAGAUUCAGCCCGUGCAGAUCAGCCACCCGCUUCCCCAAACGAACCCCCCUGCCAACGGGCUGCGGGUGGCCCACCUGGUGCUGGGUGUCCAGGGUGGGCAGAAUGUUGCCCUGCUCUACCCUCCGGUGCCCUCUGCGACCGUGCUGCCCAUCGUGGGUGAGACAGGAUGCCAAGACCAAAAGUAUGUGAAGAUCGCCCCGUUGCCUAUCGCGUUUAGGGCGGUUGGCAUAGCAGCGACCAGCUUGGUCAAAGCCAUCCCUCCAUGCUCACCCAGGACAUCCACGGAAAACCUGCGUGUGCACAAGUGUUCCCAUCCAGGGUGCGAGAAGAUGUAUACCAAGAGCAGCCACCUGAAGGCCCACUUCCGAAGACACACAGGGGAGAAGCCAUACCUGUGCAGCUGGCCAGACUGCGGCUGGAGGUUCUCCCGGUCGGAUGAAUUAUCCCGUCAUCGCCGUUCACACUCGGGCGUGAAGCCUUACAAAUGCACGAUGUGCGACAAGAAGUUCGCCAGGAGCGACCACCUGUCCAAACACACUAAGGUGCACAGGAGCCCGCGCGCGAGCAGACUGGCCAGACCGAGCGUCUGAAGCAGCACCGUCCUUCCACUAAACCGUGAAAAGCUAGAUCUUCCUUUAUUUUCCACUUUCCUUCCUUCCUUCCUUCUUCCUCUUGCUUAGUUUUCUCCAGAUCUGUGCUUUUCUCGGUGCUAACGCUGGCUAACUUGAACCUCAGGGAUGUGAUUGUUCAGCCCCGAAGCAGCCCCGCUGCACACAACUCACUACCCUUGUAUGCUCUUGAUGGAAAUCGGAAUUGGGAGAUUUUGAUGCAAAAAUCCGGCACGAGGAUAAGCAUGGUGCUAAACUGGUGCGUUUUUGUGAAUAUUCCCUAGUAAUCUGAAUCGGAAAAAGGACUUUGAAAAAGCUUCGAAGUCCAGAUGUGAGCAUGUCUCCAGACUGCCUUAUAUUUAAAGCAGUGUCUUUCCUAAGCAUCAUGUAUACCGGCUUGUAAAGGUGAAAAAAAAAAGUCUUGUGUAUGCUGUGUAUGCUAAAACGGACAAACAGAUAAUCCUGAUUUUUCUUUUUCUAAAUAUGCACUUCAGCUUGAAUUGGAUAAUCGUUAUAUCACGGAAUAGUAUCUAAUGUAUAGCACUUAAGGUAAGGGUUUAACAGUUCCUGCCUCUGAAAAUCAAUGCAAGGUCCAGUGUGAUUGUUUUUUUGUACCGUGAUGUAUCUUGAUGUAACUUUCUUACCUUUUUUUUUUUUUUUUUUUCGUACUAAUGCCUGAUGUUACUGAUUUUAUUUCCCUUUUUUUUUCUUUUCUUUUUUCUACCUGUCCUCUUCCCGGCCCAAUCACAUCCCUGAUUGAACCAAAUCAUGUUAAAGUGCGUCUAUGCUGUGCCUCGAAUCUCUUUCAGAUUGUUGAGAGAGGCUAAUAUGCCAAACCAGAGAUCCCGGUUAUCAGUGGGACUUUGGCGUUUGACUACGUUUUAAGGAAUUACCGCUCAUGUACUGUAAAAACACUCAUAAGCUAAAGGAAGAGGGAUGCAUCGAUACAGAUACCGGUAUCUGGUAUCAGAUACUGUGCUUAUUUACUCGUACUCGAACAAAUAAAAUAAAUAAAUCACCUGAUACCAUGUGACGUAAGACUAAUGUACGCUGUCGGGUUAACGGACAGACGACGGUGAGAGACGGUGAUCCGGAUGUAUUUCAUGAGUAACGAUGGCGUUCAGAGCAAACUGUGGCUUUACUUCUACUCCUACUCCUGAUAAACCAUCUUCAGUAGAAAACUCCAGCUAGUAAAAGCUAACAAGGCGAGAAAAAAUAUCUACAGAUGACGCCAGGCGAGUGAAAUUAUUGGCAGUUGUUCUUCCGUUAUGAGUCGUUAACGACGAGGGACUUUAAAUACAGCUGUACAAAAGCGCUUUUCUGGACCAUCCCAAAACUCUGCUCUUUUCCCCUGCAGCCCAAUACGAGCAGACUAAUGUAGCUAGCUAAAGCACUUCGUUUUAAGUUACAUAGCUAAUGCUAUAAAGAGCGAUCCUAGUAGCAUAAACACACGAACACGCUACGUGUGCGCUUUUCACGGUCGCUGUUUGAAACACAAAAGGAAAUGUUCAAAAAACAAAAAACGGUAUCGAUGCAUCCCUGCUAGGGACAGCAAAUCCAAACUUGAGGUUUAUAAGCUACGUUUAAGAGCAGAGCUGUAUAGUGUUUCAGUUCAUCAGUAGCAGAUGAAUGUUUCGUAUUUCGUAUUCUAACGUUUCGAUAUUAAUGAAGCUAUCCUGUUAUGAUUGUAAAUCAUCAAUCAGUGAAGGGUUUUUGUUUGUUUGUUUUUGUUUUUUUUUACUCCGUCCUUUAAGUUCCGUUCUUUUAAAGAGAGCUGAUCAAUAGCUCAUAAAUCUUCCUCACUAUUGCCUUUAUGGAACAUCUGGUGUUAUGGUUAAUUACAUUUUUCACUGGUUAAUUUACUGGUUAAUUACUAACUCCAGCUCUUGUACGAGCAGACUUCGAGUAACAUGUUACAGUGGUCGGUGGUGCUCACAUAACGAGGGUGCUUUUAUGUUGUUAUUUUUCUGUUUCAAUACUGUAUUUAGUACACCCUCGUCACUUCCGCUUGGGCGGAAUCUUGCGAAAGCAACGAAAUCGUCGGCCGUAGGUCCAGAAAUCACUGCGUUCCGACACGAUUUUAUUUUACGAUUAUAUAAAAACGUAACAAAAUGGUGGACAAAGGUGUUUUAAAAAGCCAAAGCAGUUACAAAAACGUAAGGAAUACUGUACAAACGACAUUCGUGAUGUUGUAGGAAUACAUACGGAAGUGUUUUGGUAUUUUUGUAGCACAGCUAUUUAUCAACAAUUCCAAAUUCUCCAAUCGUCCGUAAAACAAAUUAACACCUGUUAUCGCUUACAUUAUACUAGCUUUAAAUGGUCAUUCCUUCACCGUCGUCUCUCACCGUUUCCCGAAGUUGAUAAGACAAUUUAAUAAAACGCAGCUUGUCACGUUAUCGAGAAACCGCAAAAUGCAACCUCGUCUGUUACAGCUUUAGACUGUUAUAAAGCGUCAGCACUGGAGACUCCUUCCGUAAACGUUAAAUAAACAUCUCCUUACAGAUUCAACAAUUAUACAUGUUUUUUUAAAAAUCCGUUUACGUGGGCCGUGGGAUUUGCGGCUGUGGUACGGUCCGAGCUGCCGUAAUAGAAAACUAAUCAGCACCUCCCAACCAAUCAGAAUCCAGAAUUCGGCAGCGCUGUGGUGUAAAUUAAAAUAACAAAUAUUGAAGACGCUGUCAUUAAAAAAAAAAAAAAAAAAUUUUUUUUGAACACCUGGAUGUUUUGUUUCAGUUCAAUAACACGAUUCAGAAUAAAGGAAAGUAAAUGGAAAGGAAAGAGUAAUCUUCUCGCUGUCGGAUCCCCAACGCGACUCUAAAUGAGCGCUUUAUUAAAGGUGGACGCGUUUGGAGGAUAAAAAUGUUAAGCCUGUCGAUAAAAAGCUCUUAGUAUUAAUUGUGAAAGCAAAAAUACGUGGUGCCUAAAGUGUCUAAUUAGAAGGGCGGGGCAGUGUGACGAUAUAGUAUCGAUAUCGUGAUAAAUUACGCCACAAUACAUUUUUUUCUGAGAUAUCACGGAUCUUGUGAUACCACUUUUUUUUUUAAUAAUUCAAAAUGUUUUUAACGAUCAAAUUUUGCACUUGGUUUUUAAAAAACAUUCUAAAUCUAUAGAAAUGUUUUUUCUCCUUUUUCAUUGUGGAGUCAUUCAUUUUUGUAGACACAAAAUAAGGCCCCCCCCCCCCCCCCCGUUUUGUUUGACACAGCACUAAUGCUGUCCUGCUUGACAUUUCUAAUAUCGUGACGCAAGUUGCGUAUCAUAGAAAUGUCUUUGUGAUAUGAUACGAUAUAUGUGAUAUGAUAUAUUUUUGGCAUAUCAUGCUCUCUGAGUAUUUCGAGUGAUUUUAAGAUUUGACUAGAUUUAGAUUGUUCCAGUAUAGUAGUCAUUGCUAAUAUUUCUCAAGUCACCAAACAUUUAAUAAUAAACACUUUUACAAUGAGGUCGAUUGAACUAAAAUUCUAAUAGCAUAUUCAUAAACUUUCGACUGGCAGUGAACGUAACAUUGGAGUUUCUACGUUCAAUCUGGAUUUUGUGUCACAAGUUCAUGCACAGAUUGCUAAGAGGACGUCAAUGAGGGCAUCUUAAAACCAGUAUUGAAACACGUUUCGUGACCUCUUUUGAUUUUUCACUUCUUUGUUGAAGAUAUGUGCUAUAUAUAUUUUUUUUCCAAUUUUUUUUUUCCUUCUCAGCAGCUGGCCAUCUCCCUGUCCGUUCCCUCUCACUCCUUUGCCUUACCAGACUCGCAUUAAUGCAUUAACACUUUAAUUUCAACAUUAAAGCCAUCCAGUAUAGCUGCUCAGCCAUGUAACUGGAGAUGUUUAGGUUAUAUUUUUUUGAAUAACUGAAGAAAAUAAAUGUUAUUUUCCUAUGUACGACAAUAAAACAAGAAGCAAUUCACUGAAAAGCUCUAGCGGUUCUUUCACGUUGCAUAAAAACUGUUACGCAAUUUGCACUUCUUCUGAAGGAACGGGCCUUCAUAACACAUUCAUAAGCAUUUAAAAAAAAAAAAAACAUUAAAGGAAAUUGGAGGGAUUUUUAUUUAUGAAAUAUGAAAAACCGAGGUUUUAUGUUAUAUAUUUUUUUUUUUACAUUAAUGACAGGACUCGAUUCUUCUUCCAAAUUCUACAUCAUCUUAGUUUCUCAUGUUUAUAAGCAUUCAUAAAUCCUUUAUAAAGCCUUUCUUGAGGAUUUAUGUAAGGUUUAUAUCCAAACUCGUGUGUGUUAACAUCAAUACUAAAAGCUAGCUUAUAAUUUGCACAUUUUUAAUUAAUUUAUUUAUUUAUUUUAGAAAUCCUCCAGAAUCCUUUACAUAUUCAUAAUAUAUAAUAUACAUACAUAUAUGUGUGUGUGUGUGUGUGUGUAAUGAAUGUAUUAUGAAGGGUCAAUGUAGAUACCUUGAAUAUUAAAACAGUAUUUAUAAGUACUGUAUAGAGCUUGAAAUGUGACAUUUUUAAAAUAUAGCAGCUUGUUGUUUUUUUGUUUUUUUUUAUAGACCAAAUACAUAUAGCGCCUUUCAAUGCUUUGGCUGUUCAUAACACAUUUACAAGCAUUACAUAAAUCUCUUACAGUAUAAAGCAAUUCUGGAGAAUUUAUAUAAGGCUUUUCCCCCCCACACUUGUGAGGUGACAUUACAGUUUUUAUGAUUUAGGUUAUAGAAGAGCUCUCAGUUGUUGUGUUUGUUGUUUUUUUGUCUAAUGACCAAAAGAACAUUCAUGAUGCUUUAUGCCAUUUUCUUUUAAGUAUUGACCUGUUAUGCCAGCUUUUGUAUUUAUGUAUCUACUUAAUAGAAAGACUUGUGUUAAUUUGGGUUUAGGACACUAAUAUAAAGCACCAUGCCGUUGUAAUGUACAGCUUCUACGUCUUCAUUCAUUCAUUCAUUCAUUCAUUCAUUCAUUCAGUCAUUUAUUUAUUUAUUUAUUUAUUUAUUAUCCCAUAUUGUUCUCGAACUCAAUCAUGCCUUUAUAACACUGUUAUGAAGCACUAGUGUAUACUUUCUACGCAUUUCAGAAGCCCAUAUAUGUUGCUAUGUAAAUGGGAAUGAAAUGACUGCUUCAUAAACUUUACAUGGAUCCUCCGUGAUUGCUUUAUGAGAGAUUUAUGCGGCGUUUAUGAAUGUCUUAUGAAGGGUCUGUGUAGAUACCCGUUAAAUCAUUCUACCUUUUUCUUUUAAAGCAUGUUAGCCUGUUCCUUAAAGACCAGACUCAUCCGGCAAAAGUCAGAGAAAAUUAUUUCUGCAUUAUGUCGAAGAAUACAUGUCGUUCUGUUACGCAUUAUAACAGGGUUAUUCACUUUUCUUGUGACAUCGGAUACACGUUAUAUAAAAUCUCUUAACGUGACUGCACAAUUUUUGACAUAAGCUCUACAUGAAUUCUCCAGCGUUGUCUUAUGACAGAGAUUUAUUCAAAGCUUAUGAACAUGUUAUGAAGGCCCUAUGUAGGUACGCUUUAAAUAUGUUAUAUAUUGUAGAUGAUCGUUUUUUUUUUCCAUUUAAAAUAUGGUCGCCUGCUUGUCAAAGACCAAACUCCUCCGGGAAAAGUCAGAAAAGAUUAUUUCUGGGUUGUUCUGAUAAAUUACCGGAGGUGAAGCAGCUCGGUUUUUAAAUAUUAAAGAUAUUACAUAUGUCAUAUUACAGACACUGUAAUAUAUUGCCUGUUGUACUGGAUUACACGUUUAUCUUCCCCACCUAGAGUCUCCGAAUUGAAGCUGUUUCGAGGGUUUUUCCGUAGCAGAUUGUCUCUGCAGCGUUGUCUAAAGCAUGUGGGAAAGGAAUCUGAGUAUCGGCCCUGGAAGCUGGACGGCCUGUUAAACAGGAAUGUCUGGCUCUCUGCGGUGAAUUUUUAAGGCCUGGUGUGGGUUUAAAAAGCAUAGCAGACUCGGAAUAACUGGCAGGUUCAGAAGCCAGCUGUUGUUUUUGUUUAAAAUACCAUUCCAUCAUCAAAAAAAACAACCUGGGCGUUUGUAAAAGAUUAAGCCGUUGGAGAUGGAGAAGUUUAAAGGUGGGAAUUUCAACAUUUGAUUCGAUUUUGAUGCACACUGUUUAAAAAAAUAUGUCUGUACAUUUACACUUACUUACUGGUAGCGGAGUUGGCAGGUAGGUACUGUUAUUAAUAUUUACAGCAUUCGUACUGCAAUGUUCAUUUACAGUAAUGGUACGGUAUGUCAUACUGGAUUUUUUAAGUUAUGCCUAUUUUGCCCAUUUUUGAUACCUAGGUUUAACUGUCAACAAAAAAUGUCCCCAUUUUCUAAUAGAGGAUAAUUUUAUUGUUGAUGCGCUCAAACCUGUUGAUGCAUCACCAGAUUUUGACGGGUUUAGGGACUGAAUAAAAAAAUGUCUGAUUGAUAAAAAAGUCUUCUGAAAGCUGUGGGCCUGCUGUUUUAUUGCACAGCUAUUUACUGUUGGUUUAUUUUCCCAGACAAAAUAACAACACCACAACCAUUCUUUUUUUUUUUUUUUACCUUGCUGUUAGAUUUGUACACUUUAGACCCUUUUAGCAAUUUUAUGUUUAAAAAAGAGCCAAGCGACAAGUCCUAGUGACUACUUGAUACAGCUCUACAGCUCGCAUCACAGCUGCUGGUUAUAAAAGUUGGGACAGCAAAUUCACUCAACUGAAUGAGUGUGUAAGAUCUGACUGAAUCACAUUUGCAUGAGCCCAGUGAUAUUCCCAACAAUCACCGUUGUUUCCAACUUCCAAUCACUUCACGUCGUUGUUCCCAACAACCAAUCACCGAUCACCGUUGUUGGGAACAACCAGUCGCUUUGUUCCCGACAACUAAUCACUGAUCUUAUUUGUUCUCAACAACCAACCACUGAUCACCAUUGUUUAAAAAAACAACAAAAAAACAAUCACUAAUCAUCAUUGUUCCUGACGACCAACCACUGAUCACCAUUGUUCUCAAUGACUAAUCACUCAUCAACAUAGUUCCAAAUGACCAAUCACU